UUAAACCUCCUAAAAUGGGCUCUACAUUUAUACUAAAAGUCAGAAUAUGUUUAAAGUCACCACAGCUGCUUUCCUCAGCACGCUGUUUUUGCACAAGAGAAUUCAAGCAAAACCUGAGCAGCAGACAGAUGGACAGAAGUAACCGUGAGCAGGCUGAUGGACAAGCUGGGUUUAGAAAUAGCAACAUUUCUCAGGGCAUGAAGGAUGGAAGCAGUAGAAAUACAACUAUGAGGAAGAUGCCUUCCUUUCCCAAAUCUGUGUUUGCUGCCGGAACAGCAAAGAGGACAGCAGAGAAGUCCAAAAGGAGGGAAUCACUAGCCUCUGUGGAUGAAGAGGAGCCUGCUCGUGUGCCAAGAAAUCUGCAGGUUCCUGAAGGGUCACUUUCUCCUGCUGAGUGGAAGAAGCUGAAGGAGUCUCUGGGAAAUUCUAAGGAUUUUGAAACCCAAAUGAUGCUUUCAUUUUUAAACUCUGGGACAGAACUGGACAUUGUAAAGUCCCUGCUGACUUUUGUUGCAGUGGAAACAGGCACUCUGCCCUACAAGCUGCUGUUACGCUAUCUGCAUCUGUGUGUGAAUAGAGCCCGCAACGAUGAGGUGUUUGAUGUCUACAAAAUCAUGCGUGGAAGUUUCCCCUCACUGGAAACAGGAGCUUCCACCCUUUUUAUCAAGUCAUUCAGCAAGACGGCACAGUGGAAAGAGGCUCUCAGUGUCCUGCAAGAGCUCAAGAAGGUUAUAACCCCGUCACAACGCAACUAUAGCGACGUCAUCACAGGAGCACUUCAGCAUGGUGACAUGACCACUGCCUGGGCUCUUUAUGAUGAAUUAAUUGAAAAGGGACUGACUCCACAUCAGGACACCUGGGAGGCUCUGUUUGCAAGCACAAAAACACCUAAUGAGGAAAACGUCAUGCAUGAGACUGAACAUCAAGAGCGGCUGCAGGGUGUUCUGCUGUACAUGAGGGACAACCAGAUCUACCCCCAGCACAACGUUGCCAGCAAAAUCAAGACCUGGUUUGAAAGUCUCUCAGGACAGAACUGGACAGGAGGCUGGACCACCGUCACCCUGAAUGGAAUGUGUAGGCAUUGUGGAUCAGAUCUGGAGUCCAUCCAGCUGAGUGCUGAAGAAUAUAAAAAUUUAAAAGACAGAGUAAUGGCUGACGUCAUUCAGGGGCGAGAUGUUUUCAAAAAGACCACACCAGAGGAGUUGGAGCGCUUCAAGGUGUUUGUUAGCAAGAAGCCAGCUUUCGAUGUGGUCGUAGACGGUCUGAAUGUCGCAAAUAUCAACAAGCAGAAAAGGAUGCUGUCGGAGACGUUAUUGGCGGUGGUGUCUGAGCUCGAGUGUCAGGGCCUGAAUGUUCUGGUUCUGGGGAGGAAACACAUGCUCAGGCCCUCCAUGUUCUGGAAAAAACACAACAUGAGCCUCAUCCAGCAGAAAGCUCAUUGCUUCUUUACUGAUAACAUCUCUGAGGACGACCCUUUCUUGCUUUAUGCCACUUUGCAUUCCGGGAACCACAGUCGAUUUGUGAGCUUGGACCUGAUGAGGGACCACAAGGCCUGCCUGCCAGACAGGGCCUCCAAACGCCUCUUCUUCAAGUGGCAGAGAGGCCAUCAGAUGGUUGUACAUGGGAUCAUCUCUGAAGGCAGGAGGGUCCGAUUUCUGCGUAUUCCCAGCUAUGACACCAUUAUCCAGACUACAGGAGAUUCUUGGCACAUUCCCUACGACGGCACAGAGGACAGGAGCUCCUAUGAAGUGCCACAACGGUGGUUGUGUCUCACAAAAAAACACUAA